ACCUUCAUCUGCAUGGUCACGCCCCAAGGGAGGGGUAUACCCAAUCCGAUCGCUCGCCGAGUCGUUAUUAGCAUGUCGGGGGCGGUGCAGGGCGGAGCGGGCGGCAGGGGCGGGCUCCCGGCGGUUGGUUGGAGCGUCGUAGCAGCCGAGAGGUCCGGGAAAGUUUCUUUGGAGGUGCGGCCGGGAGUGGCCAUGUCCCACGGCCCCAAGCAGCCCGGCGCGGCCUCCGCGCCGGCGAGCGCCAAGGCUCCAGGACAGCAUGGGGGCUUCGUGGUGGCUGUCAAGCAAGAGCGCGGCGAGGGCCCGCGGGCCGGAGAGAAGGGGUCCCACGAAGAGGAGCGCGACUGGGUUCGGCAGCCGGUGAAGAAGCGCGGCUGGCCCAAGGGCAAGAAGCGGAAGAAGAUCCUGCCGAAUGGGCCCAAGGCACCUGUUACCGGCUACGUGCGUUUCCUGAACGAGCGGCGCGAGCAGAUCCGGACGCGCCACCCGGACCUGCCCUUUCCCGAGAUCACCAAGAUGCUGGGCGCCGAGUGGAGCAAGCUGCAGCCGGCGGAGAAACAGCGGUACUUGGAUGAGGCUGAACGGGAGAAGCAGCAGUAUAUGAAGGAGCUGAGGGCCUACCAGCAGUCAGAAGCCUACAAGAUGUGUGCGGAGAAGAUCCAGGAAAAGAAGAUCAAGAAAGAGGAUUCCAGCUCUGGGCUCAUGAAUACCCUUUUGAAUGGACACAAGGGUGGGGACUGUGACGGCUUCUCGACUUUCGACGUCCCCAUCUUCACUGAAGAGUUCUUGGACCAAAACAAAGCGCGAGAGGCGGAGCUGCGGCGCCUGCGGAAGAUGAACGUGGCCUUCGAGGAGCAGAACGCGGUGCUGCAGAGGCACACGCAGAGCAUGAGCAGCGCGCGCGAGCGUCUAGAGCAGGAGCUGGCGCUGGAGGAGCGGCGGACGCUGGCGCUGCAGCAGCAGCUCCAGGCGGUGCGCCAGGCGCUCACCGCCAGCUUCGCUUCGCUGCCAGUGCCAGGCACCGGCGAAACGCCCACGCUCAGCACCCUGGACUUCUACAUGGCCCGGCUGCACGGUGCCAUCGAGCGCGACCCCGCCCAGCACGAGAAGCUUAUCGUCCGCAUCAAGGAGAUCCUGGCCCAGGUCGCCAGUGAGCAUCUAUGAGGGUGUUGGCCACCCCACGGAUCCAGAGAAGACCAAGCUCUGGUCAUGGCCCCUCCCCCAGUUGCACCCCCUGGAGGAGGGGUAGGGGGUUCCAUCCUCUGGGGCCAGGCCUGAUCCUGCACCUUGGGGGCUCUAGCCCCCCUAAAAUUAAAUUUCUACAGCAUCCCUCUAGCUUUGAAUCUCCCCCAGGUCCCCAUCCCAGAAAACCCACCCACCGUGCACUGUGCACAGACUCCCAGGGCCCAGCCAGGCCUGUUGGCCUCACAGGUCACAUCACACUACACAGACGUGGGAACACAUGAGGGGCAAUGUAACCCAGGACAGGAGGAAACCCACAGCUGCUCACAGCUGAUGUGGGGAGAGUUACACACCCUACACCCACUCCCCAGGACCAGCUCCCAGACCCAGGGCAGACAAAACCCACAUCCAAUACACGGGGACUCCUGCCUGGCCAGUGUCACCCUAAGUACCCACACGGGCAGGCACCUUGCAGGGACACACUUUCACACUCCUGGCAGGGCCAUCUAUCUGUCACCCUCACAUUCCUGCACCCCUGAAUGGGGGGGCUGGCACCACCCCAUGCUCAUUCAGCUGAGGAACCACCGUGGAGGCAGUUGUUUUGCCACCACUCGAUUUGGACUUCUUAAAUAAAAAUUAAAAAGGUGGAAUUUGAAUUUCAAACUUAAA